GUGUUCACUCUGAUACGAGCCAGUCUUGGGGAGGUUUCUCGGAUUCUCUGGCAGAUGAAAACAGCUGUACCAGAGCCCAGAAUGCAACUCGGUUGCUUGUCUCGACUUCGUUCUUAGCCUUUCAGCAGUGCAUCCAUAAUGGCAUCACGGAAUGGUUCCCGGACCUCCUAAUAUGCCCUCGAUUUAUACAGCGAGAACGAGGGCACCCGGACCAUCCUCAAAAUGACCACCGGCUUCAGCUCGAACUCCUGCCGAUUCGCAGAUUACUUCGUUAUCUGCGGAUUGGACACCGAAACUGGGUUGGAACCAGACGAACUCUCCGCUUUAUGCCAGUAUAUAGAGGCUACUAAAUUCAGAGAUGGGGCCAGACGAUUGUCAGCGAGUGGCGAAGAAGGUGAGAAUUUUGAGCAGAGUCCCCUGCGGAGGACAUUCAAGUCCAAAGUCCUGGCACACUACCCCGACAAUGUGGAGUGGAGCCCCUUUGACCAGGACGCGGUGGGCAUGCUGUGCAUGCCGAAGGGCCUGUCGUUCCGCACGCAGGCGGACUCGCGGGAGCCGCAGUUCCACUCCUUCAUCAUCACGCGGGAGGACGGCUCGCGCACCUACGGCUUCGCCCUCACCUUCUACGAGGAGGUGACCAGCAAGCAGAUCUGCAGCGCCAUGCAGACGCUGUACCACAUGCACAACGCCGAGCAGUACGACAUCCUGCACGCGCCGGCCCCGCCCCCCGCCGCGCCCGCCCCCCACGACGACCGCCGCCACGUCCUGCACCCGUCCCCCGCCCUCUCCCGCCUGCAGCGCUUCAACUCCUACGACAUCAGCCGCGACACGCUCUACGUCUCCAAGUGCAUCUGCCUGAUGGCGCCCAUGGCGUUCCCGCAGGCCUGCCGGAAGGUUCUGGAGCAGCUGCACCGCGCCGUCUCCUCCCCGCAGCCGCCGCCGCUGCCGCUGGAGAGCUACGUCUACAACAUCCUGUACGAGGUGCCGCUGCCGCCGGUGGGCCGCUCGCUCAAGUUCUCCGGCGUGUACGGGCCGAUCGUGUGCCAGCGGCCCAGCACGUCCGAGCUCCCGCUCUUCGACUUCCCCAUCCGGGAGGUGUUCGAGCUCCUCGGGGUGGAGAACGUGCUGCAGCUCUUCACCUGUGCCCUGCUGGAGAUUCAGAUCCUGCUCUACUCUCAGCACUACCAGCGGCUGAUGACGGUGGCAGAGAGCAUCACGGCCUUAAUGUUCCCCUACCAGUGGCAGCACGUGUACGUGCCCAUCCUGCCCGCCUCGCUGCUGCACUUCCUGGACGCGCCCGUCCCGUACCUGAUGGGCCUGCACUCCAACGGCCAGGACGACCGCUCCAAGCUGGAGCUGCCCCAGGAGGCCAACUUGUGCUUUGUGGAUAUCGACAACCACUUCAUCGAGCUGCCGGAGGACCUCCCGCAGUUCCCCAACAAGCUGGAGUUCAUCCAGGAGAUCUCGGAGGUGCUGAUGGCGUUCGGCGUCCCCCCGGAGGGCAGCCUGCACUGCAGCGAGACCGUGUCCAAGCUGCGGGACUUCCGCGCCGGCGACGUGGCCUCCGACAAGCGCAACGGCAACCUGGCCGGCUCGCCGCUCCACUCCUACCUGCUGAAGGAGAACCAGACCAUCGCCCGCCUGCAGGCGCUGGUCAAGAGGACAGGCCUCAGCCUGGAGAAGUUGGAUGUGAAGGAUGAGGGCAGCAGUAACAGGGACCUGAAGGUGCAGUGUGAUGAGGAGGAGCUGAAGAUGCAUCAGCUCAACAUCCAGGUGCGCGAGGUCUUCGCCAACCGCUUCACGCAGAUGUUCGCAGACUACGAGGUGUUCGUCAUCCAGCCCAGCCAGGACAAGGAGGCCUGGUUCAGCAACCGGGAGCAGAUGCAGAACUUCGACAAGGCCUCCUUCCUGUCGGACCAGCCGGAGCCGUACCUCCCCUUCCUGUCCCGCUUCCUGGAGACGCAGAUGUUCGCCUCCUUCAUCGACAGCAAGAUCCUGUGCCACGACGACGAGGACAAGGAGCACACGCUGCGCGUCUUCGACCUGCGCGUCGACAAGGUCCGCAUGCUGAACGUGCGCACGCCCACCCUGCGCACCUCCAUGUACCAGAAGUGCGCCAACAUCGCCGAGUCUGCGACUCCUAUUAAAAAGCGUUUACAGAAAGCUGAUCUGGUUGCCCCCACCCCUCACUGCAUUGGCCUGGAGAACUACAAGGCCCACAUUCAGAAGGCCAUUGAGAUGAGGGUGUCCAAGAUCGACCACACGGCGCUGCACCCCCACCUGCUGGACAUGCGCAUCGGGCAGGGCCGCUACGAGCCCGGCUUCUUCCCCCGCCUGCAGUCCGACGUGCUGUCCUCCGGCCCCACCAGCAACAAGUGGGCAAAGCGGAGUGCCCCUGCACAGUGGAGAAGGAAGGACCGGCAGAAGCAGCACGCUGAACACCUGUACCUGGAUAACGACCAGAGAGAGCAUUUUGAGUGUUUGUUCCCGGGGCUGCACUUCCUGUUGGCUCUGGAUUACUACUGGCUGUCGCAGUCCUUCAGGCCCUGUCUGAAGUCCGUGUCUGUGGACCUGAAGUACAUCCAGGAGGCUCGCAACCUGGGCACCACGAUCCGGCAGCCCAAGCUGUCCAACCUGUCCCCCUCCGUCAUCGCGCAGACCAACUGGAAGUUUGUGGAGGGCCUUCUGAAGGAGUGCAGGAACAAGACCAAGCGGAUGCUGGUGGAGAAGAUGGGGCGGGAGGCGGUGGAGCUGGGCCACGGGGAGGUGAGCAUCACGGGCGUGGAGGAGAACACGCUCAUCGCCAGCCUCUGCGACCUGCUGGAGCGCAUCUGGAGCCACGGCCUGCAGGUCAAACAGGGUAAAUCUGCGCUGUGGUCCCACCUGCUGCACUACCAGGAGGGGAAAGAGAAGAAGGAUGCCACGCCCGGUGGCCUGGGGCCUCCAGCGUUCAUCCAGGAGUCUGAGAGAAGGAAGUCUGAUGCCGGGUCUGCCAUGCCCCCCCUAAAGGUGUCCGUCAUACAGGACAUGAGACACAUCCAGAACAUCGGCGAGAUCAAGACGGACGUUGGGAAGGCGCGGGCUUGGGUGCGCCUCUCCAUGGAGAAGAAGCUGCUGUCCAGACACCUCAAACAGCUGCUGUCUGACCACGAGCUGACCAAGAAACUGUACAAACGCUACGCCUUUCUGCGCUGUGACGAUGAGAAAGAGCAGUUCCUUUACCACCUGCUCUCCUUCAACGCCGUGGACUAUUUCUGCUUCACCAACGUCUUCACCAUGGACUACAACUACCCCAUGUGCGCCUUGCAGGCGUUUGCCAUUGCCCUCUCCAGCUUCGACAGCAAGCUGGCCUGCGAAUAGGAAGCACCGCCCCAUGCUGACAUAACUUCCUGUUCUCUCCGCUCUCCUCCCCCACCAGGAUGGUUUCCUAGGGUCCCGUCCUGACUGCUUGAGAAAAACAAGAGCUCUGCCCCCUAAUUGAAUUGAGGAGGAGCUAAGGAGGAGGGGCUAAGGAUUUGGUGAAGUACCAUAAGAUGCAGAUGUUCCAGCCUGUGUAGCUUUUCCCCCUGACUGAAGCUGGGGAUGUUGCUAUGGUUAUCUCUGUCUCAAUCUGCAGUGGACAAAAGCACAAACAGUGAAAUACUCAUGCAUUACAAGCUGCUUUUUCUUUGUAUGUUUGCUUAUUUUUACUGAUGAUUGUCAGGAUCAAAUCAUGACAAUAGUUAUUACUACUGCUGGUAUUUGUGACUGUAUUUGCGAUAUAUUAACACUGUUUUAUUGAUGGACAACAUUGUCAUUCAAGAGCUGAAAUCUGUGUUGCUUGCAUAACACUAACAGACUAAAAAUGUUCUGUCUUUGAUAAGCUGAAUUAUGUAUGAGAGAAGACACUGUAACUGUAAUCAUGUCAAAGAUUUGCAUUGCAUUUGGCAGCUUAAGCUAUUUAACAGUCGUUCAGUCAAUUCUGUCAAUAUCCUCAGCAUUAACUGCAAAACUGCAGAUUAAUUAACCUGUGUGAACAGCUUCGAACGAGAGGUCAGCAGGUCAUGUCACUAGAUUGAAUUUAUCAGAAUAAUGGCCCUGAAGCGAUUGGUAUUAGUUUAUGUAGCUCAUUAGCCUACAGCUCUGCAUCGGAUUGAAAAUGUAAAAUGGUCAUGGAAUAUGCUGCAUUAUCCUAGGCCACACUUGUUGACAGAUUUUUAAAGUGUUUUUGUUAUUUAUGUAUUUAUGUUUCCACGUUAUUUGAUGAGCUAUAGUAUUAUUCAUCAAUUGUAUUUUCCUGUAGCAGACCGAGUUUGUAUGGUAAAGUGGAGUCAGAAGCACAUAUAAUGUAUUGUGGCUGACAGCAAUACCCAUCCAAAAACCAAAAACUAAGAGCGGACAGAGAAAGAGAGGGAAAGUGUUCUGUAAUGGGAAGCGAAGCAGAUGGAUCAGUGAUUCAGCCUUCUCUAUGUCCGUGUAUCAUGUCAAACACAAUGAGGAGUAAUUUUCUCUCUGGGAACGUAAGGAAUGCAGCACUUUAACUUGAGUUUACCAUGCUUGUUAGACAGUUGUAAAUAUUGUGCCUUUUGGAGGAUAAAAAUGUCAUGCUUCAAUUCUUUAAAAAAAAUGCUGUAAUCUUCAGUUUUUGCUCCCUACAGCUACAUUUCCAUUAGAACGUCAAAGAGAAUUUAACUUGAAGCGCUUAAAAACAGCUUUGUGCACAGACUCCCACCAAAGUGAUUCAGCACAGGUGAUUGGACGUUGCCUGAGCUGACGUGUGGAAGCAUGUGAUACGAGCAAGUUACUUAUAGCUUGUAAACCUUAGUUAUAGUGUGAACUCUUAAUGCUGCCACAGUGUGGGAUAAGUUGUGUGUCUUAUUGCAGUCUUUUUGGAACUAUAGAUGUAGUAAAACAAAAGGCCUUGGUGUUUUAUAAAAACUGGGUCAACUAUGCGUUUGUAUACGCAUAAAUCCCACUUCAAUUUGAUGAAUUACACGAAACUGAAUCGACAUUCUGAAGUCAGAAAGGGUAGCUACUGUCAAUAUGCAAGCAGUGGAUAAUUUUGAAUGUUCGGUCCCUUUCAUUGGCAGCUUUGGACAGUAUUGUUGGAAAUUACACGAGAGGACCACCAAAACUGGCUCAGAAUGGAGAUUGCCCACAGAAGAGAUGUGAGAGCAGACUAGGGCAGGUUUCCCCAAACUUACUGAAAUCUGGAGAGGCACAGGGUCCGUGGGUUUUUGUUUUCACCCAAGAAAACAAGUGAGGUGAGUUCACUGUGUAAUCAAAUGCCCUUAUUGAUCAAUUGAGUGCAGAAUGACAAUUGAACCCAGCAGACACUAUGGCUGUCCAGUACCAGGGUUGGGAACCCUUGCUCUAGGGCAAAGAUCUCAGAGUCAAAUCCUGGAGGGCAGCUGUGUCUGCUGCUUUCUGAUAUGGCCCUGCAUUUAAGUGCUCACUGUAAUUCAAGUCAUUGAUUGGCUAAAGAGUCUGCACACCUGGUUUUUCCAAGGCCUAAAUUGGCUGCCGAUUGAAAGAAAAUGACAGAAACCAGCAGAGUCUGCAGUCCUCCUGGUCUGGAGUUUGAGACCCCUGCUCUAGGGGAGUCUCAGCCAAACCUUUCUUACAUGAUGUUCCUCCUGGGAAAAAUAACUGCUCUAUUCGAGUCUAUUCUAUGAAUGGUUGAAGUAAACUGAGAGGAACAAGCGAAGGGACACUUUGAGAACUAGCAGAGGGUAACAGAAGAACAUGAAGGAGGGAUAGCCUAGCUGUCUCCUCUUUCUAAACCUUGGUUUUAUCAAACAUUCCGGCUCUAUAGAUUUAGAGCGCAUUCACAACCUUCAGAGGAUUGAAUUGCUCUCAAGGUGGUAACAAUUGGCCCUCUCUGCAGUAAGCCAAUGUCUUCCACACUCUGCUGUAAUUACCACCUCAACUGUGGAUUACAUUUUCAUUUCUGUAUUUCAGUAUUGGUCGAGGUGUGUAUUAGGAAUAUUUACAAUUUUUUAAAAAAAUUAUUAUUUUUUAUUAUUUCACCCAGAGCAACUUUUACGGACAUUUUUGUUUUCGCUAUUUUAAACUUGAGUAUUUACAGUACUGAACAAAUGCAGGUCGAGUAGGGUACCUUUGCUCACUAGUGCUACUGCAGCCACUGCCUCCCACUGCCCCCCUUACCCGCUGCACACCACACGCUGUAGGCAUAAUUGCAUGGCAGUUUGAAUGGGAGGGGGCAAAGGUGAACGAUGGCUCAAAGAUGGGCCUUACUUCUCUCCUCCAUAGCCCCUAACCCUCACCCUAACCCCACCCUGCCUCUCAUAAGUGACCAGCUGGAGCAGGGCAGGACUAGACAGAAUCACUCUUACACCAGCACACCAGCACCCAGGCAUCCUGCCCUUGUGAAUAAUCAGUAUCCGACUUUCCAUUGAGGUCCCGCAGACUAUUUUCACCUUACUUGUGCAUGAACAAGCUGUGAUGGGAAUUUCCAAACUUCUUUUUAUUCCUAUUCCUCUUUUUUUUUUUGUAAGGCUGACAUGAAUGUUGCACGGAAUUGGGAUUCAAUGUUCCAAAUUUGUAGAAAUUCACGCUAAUGGAAACAAAGCUAUUGACAUACAGUAUCACAUGCCUAGUUCAGUUGCUGCCACCGUGUUCUCAGUUUGAGUGGAAUCUUUUUUGAGUCUGGUAUUUCAGCAAACGGAAAUAACAGAUGCUUCAAAUUGCCUGAACACCGUAUGUUACUUACAUUUCAGAAUUUAUUUCCAAUUUUUAAAAUGAAGAAAUCUAAAUACUUUCAUAAAAGAAAAAGGUCCUGUCACAAAGUCUAUUAAAAGGUUGGCAUAAAAAAUGGCAAAGAACAAUCCACAAAGAAAGUGGGGUAUUUCUAAAUGCUUUAAUUCAGCGAAUUCUGCUUUACCCCUACUGUCUUGUUCAGUAGUGUUCAGCUGUCUUUGAUAUGAAUGGACAAUUGGUUUCAUAUAAACUACUGAAAUGAAAAUGCAUAAAAUCCUUUUAAAAUAAAACUGCUUUUCAUAUUUGUUACACUGAAUCCAGGAAUAAAAACUUGGCCCCAUUCAUUUUCUAUAUGUAAUAGUAGUACCGCUAUAUUGUAAUGUUGAAUGUGAAUGUUGUUAUACAUUAAAAGUGUUUGUUUACAUUUACAGUGCUGUAAGCAUAAAGAAUAAAUCUUUAUUCUGAUGA